GCUAUCAACUCCUAAACCUUUGAAUAUACGUACCCCUUCCUGUGUAAUUAUUGUGUUCUUUAAUUUUGAAUUUCGCAGCCUUAUUGCACUUGCUACACACGAGACGAUGCUGAAUCGGUAGCACCUUUCAACCGCUACCUCAUGCGCGACAUCCUCCCAGGGCGCCCGCAGGCGAAACUGCAUGCUGUCGCCCAUGGACCACCCGAAGCCACUGGUUUGUCGCUGCUCUGGAAAGGACAGCAUCUUAUUGCCUACAUCUCCGGCAAUGCGCUGAUCAUCCUCGACUCGCCGAACCACGUCGUCCAAACCAUCUACAUCGACCAAGAGGACGAGCUCGAAGCUGUCGCUCUUGAUGAGAAUACCGGGAAGCUUGCUACGUGCUCCAAGAAACGAGCGUACAUUUUCGAGCCAUACAUCAACGAUGAAGACCCCGCAAACGAAGUGGUCAAGUGGGGGCCUCAGGGCGAUAUGUCCCUGCCAGAUCCAGCCGACUCGAUCACCACGUUAUCAUGGGGCUUGCGCGACGAACUGCUAAUAGGCAGCGCAUCCCUCACCCUGUUCAAUACGCGCGAGGCACCGGAACAGAUAUGGACCAAGAAGCUGGCAAAUUCUGUCAAAUUUGCCCACUUCUCUCCCGAUGCCGAGCUGAUUGCUUCUACGGGACAUUACGAUCGCCUACUCAAGAUAUGGCGGCGUUUGGCAUUUGGUUCCGCCAAUCAAUCUUUCGAUCAUUACUACCUCCCACAUCCGGGCAUUGUGACCGGCAUACACUGGCGGAAACCUUUCCACAAGGACCAGACGGCGGACAAUGUUCUUUAUACGAUAUGCGCAGACUACAAAGUGCGGAUAUGGGUGACGGGCGAACAUCACGGCGUGGAUGGAUUAGCACUUUGGACUGAGGUAGACUUGUUCGAUUCUAUCAAGCCUCGCUCUCUCGAUCAUACAACGGAGAAACGAUAUGCUUUCAUCAUCGACGGCAAAAACUUCACCCAUGCGACAGAAAGAGCGGUCGAGCAGGCAACGGCCGCGGAAAAGGAUCAAUUGGCGUUGAACCAUCUCAUCGAAGUCGCCAAUCGUAAUCCCGAAAUAUGUGUGGUGCUGGACGAUCGUGGGAACAUGACAGCAUGGGGCUUUGAGAAUAUUGGCGCUAAAGUGAAGAAAGAAACCGACGUGUUCAGUGUGGCUCAUAUGGAUGGCCUGCAUCUACACUUUGCGAACAAUGCCGCGGCGUUACAAGACAACGUGCAAUUCUAUGUAUCUUGCUACCCAAGCCCCGAAUCAGUGUUUUCAAUUCUUACUCACCACUUUGAUGGACGGUUGGAGUGGUUGCAAGCGCGGAUGGACUACCUUCUCGACCCCUCGCCAUCCCAGACCAACCGCAUUCAACGCAAGGCUGUUUGGACUGGCCACUCUCAUGCAAUCAAAAAGGUCAACCGCACGCCGAGUGGACGAGCACUUGUAUCACGGACCGUGACUGAUGAAUGCAUCGUAUGGGUCCAACGUCUCACGGAACAUAGGAUGUCUCUGCGACGGCAUAGUACGGUGAAGGUGACGGAACACAUACACCGCACCUCAUUGUUGCAGGAUGGCAAUUUUCUUGUCUUUCUUCAUCAUGAGCAUAUAGUACUCUGGGAUACGCGCGGGCCCCAGGCAGUCGAGGUCAAACGCCUUUCUUACAAGUUGCAAGGCAAGCCACUUUGUUUACUGAUCAUCCCAGAGACCCAGCCUGGGGGUCGAUUGGUGCACAUUGCCACAAUCAGCUCAGAAAUGAAAAGCAUAUGUUGGGAGGUACGACUACCGUUACUCGAAAGGGAUCCAGUUACGGGCCGUAAACUUUCCACAUUAAAAUCGGAGCCAAAUGGUUAUACAAAUGGUCAUUCUGAAAUAGGUAUCGAAGAGUUUUCCUCAUAUGACUUGGGGUCGGGCAACGAUCUAGUAUUUGUACUCCCUGUUGACCCAGCGGGCUCAGCACCAGUCAUAUCUGGGUUUCUAGAUACUUUCGCUCGCGAUGUGGCCAUCUCUUACACUAAGUCGGGUGUCGUGAGCUCUUGGACAGCGAGGGUCGAUAUAGAAACGCGCAAACUUGAAUGGCUCAGGACGUCGACCGUCGAAACCAGCAUACACAAUCCCUCUCUUGCGAGUGGCACAUCAAUCCGUAAAGCAGCGCUAGUGGAUGAAGAGAAGACUACCUUGACCAUCUGGAACACUCGUAGUGCACAGCUAGAGUACGAAGAAAAAUUCGAAGGCAAUGGGGUCAUUCAGGACCUUGAUUGGUCGUCCACCCCUGACAACCAGUCCAUACUUGCAGUCGGUUUUCCACACCGCGUGGUAAUUUAUGCACAACUGAGAUACGACUAUUUAAAUGCAGGCCCGUCAUGGGUGCAGAUUCGAGAUGUUCGUAUUCGCGACAUAACACCACACCCGAUUGGCGACUCUGUCUGGCUAAGCAGCGGAAAUCUGGUCAUUGGUGCAGGAAACCAGCUGUUCAUCCAGGACGAAAAAGUCGAAGUAUCCGAAGGCCUGUUCCCAAGCUUGCGCAGCAUAUCGCGUAAGACAGCCUCCAUCGACAUCUUCACAGCAGUCAGCAGACUGAAUGGGCCGUUGCCUGUUUAUCACCCACAAUUGUUAUCGCAAUGUGUGCUUUCGGGAAAACUAUUGCUCGUGCAGCGAAUACUGAUACGACUUCUUCAGAAGUUGAAAUUCUGGACGGAAGGUGAAGAAUUUGACCACUCGUUGGGCUUUGUAGCGGAUGACUUUUCUGAAAAUCCCGAGGAUCAGAUGACUGCCUCGCGGAAGGACAUGCAUGCCUCAUAUGCCGAUUUUUCUGAUGACGGUGAACCCAAGUCGCUCACUGAAGAUGUCGCAUCCUCUCUCAACGAGCUUGUCCAAACCAAACAGAUUCCACUAUUGUCGAGUCGCGAACAAUUCCAUCUAGCCGACAUCAUAGAGUGUGUUGGUACGGUCGAAAAACAUCGACGUUCAAUCGAUGACAACGCUGGCCGGUUCUUGCUCUUCUUCCGGCAACACGUGCUGAACGAGGCGAAGAAAGGCCCCAUUUCCUGGCGUGAGAUCACAUGGGCUUUUCACUCACAGAGCCAGGACAUCCUGGUGGAUUUGGUCUCCAGACAUUUCAGCGGAAAAAUGCUAUGGCAGCACGCUAAAGAGUCGGGCAUGUUCAUGUGGAUGACUGAUAUCACUGCCCUUCGCGCACAAUUUGAAGUCAUUGCCCGGAAUGAGUACACCAAGACGGAAGAUAAGAAUCCCGUUGACUGUAGUCUCCACUACCUAGCUUUGAAAAAGAAGGCUGUUCUUGUCGGCUUGUGGCGUAUGGCCACCUGGAGUAGGGAGCAAAAACCAACGCAAAAGCUGUUGAUGAACAGUUUCAACGAUGACCGCUGGAAAACGGCGGCAUUGAAAAACGCAUAUGCACUUAUGGGAAAGCGCCGAUUCGAGUACGCAGCUGCAUUUUUUCUCCUCGCCGACCACCUGCUAGAUGCCAUAUCCGUUCUCCACAACCAACUCAACGACACCCAGCUCGCCAUCGCCGUAGCACGUGUAUAUGGUGGCGACGACUCCCCCAUCCUGCUCGAUUUCCUACGCGACAAGAUCUUACCCCAGGCUGCUCGCGAAGGCAAUCGCUGGCUUGCGACAUGGGCAUUCUGGAUGAUCAACAAACGUGACAGGGCAGUACGUAGCCUGGUGACUCCGCUUACGAAACUUCUCAGUCCGCCCGAGACUCCCAACUUCCAGAGCAGAAGCUAUCUGACGGAUGAUCCCGCGUUGGUCGUGCUCUACAAGCAAUUGCGAGAGAAGAGUCUGCAAACUCUCAGGGGUGCGACUAUGGUUGGCAUGCGGGAAGAGUGGGAGUUUGUGCUUCACACAGCGGGUCUGUUACAACGAAUGGGAUGCGAUUUGCUAGCUUUAGAUCUCGUCAAAACAUGGGAAUUCUUAACGCCUCCUCCUCCGUCAUCGGUCAUGACGGACCGCCCACCUCUCAGCCCGGCAAUCCCACGCGCCUCCUUCCAGGCUAAAUCGUCAAAUCAAGGCAGUUUAGAUUUUGACUUCGAUCCCAGGAAGUUACUGCGGCGUCGCAGUUCUCUGGUAAUUGCUGACUUGCCGGCGCCGGUGAAGGAACAACAUAAGGGGGCAGGUAGAGGGCUGGCCGAAGUGGCGAGCGAGAGUGAGGAUGAUGAAGAAAGAAGUGGGGAAGAAAAGAAUAGCAGUGAAGUCAAGAAGCAGGGAGAGAAGAAAGAAGAAAAGAAGAAACCACCACCGACGCAAUUUAACGAGCCGGACGCGAAUAGUUUACUGGAUUCUUUUGGGUUCUAA